AUGACUGCUUAUAUUCUAGAGUUUUUACUUAAUAGAUUAGAGACAAUGACUCUUUCUUGUCAUGAUAAUGAAGGUAAAGCUCCUGAAAUUUCAAGAACUUCUUCUCGCUUGCAGUGUUUUAACUAUAAGGACUUCGACCAUAUCUCCUCCGAAUGUUCGAGUCGUGCCUUGGUUAUUGAGGAACAGAAGGAUGUCGUAGAUGAGCAGCAAGAAGAUCAAGUCUAUAAGCCUAAGUUUGAAAAGUUUGAUGAUUUUGAGGAUACCUUCUUGUUUUGCCUUCGUGCCCUUCCUAUAUGUCUAGAUAUUCAACAUGUUGUAGAUCUUGUUCUAGAUUCGUCUCUCCCAAAUUUGCCCCACUAUAAGAUAAAUCAUACUGAGCAUGCUGAGCUCCAGAGUCAUGCCAUCAAUAAAAGCACUGUCAAGUAUCAUUUCCCAAUCCCUCGACUUGAUGAUAUACUUGAUAUGAUGAUUGGUGCCAUAAUCUUUUCCAAAAUUGAUUUAAAGAGUGGGUAUAACCAAAUUAGGAUUUGCCCAGGAUUCACUUUUUCCACUGUGGGAAUAACUGCUGACCUACAAAGAUUUCUACAAUUACUUGGCUUGAACCCAAGACUAUACAUGACGCCCUAUUCUUUUGUUUUGAAGCAUAAAAAGGGUGUUGAAAACCAAGUGAUUUAUGCUUUAAGCCAAGGUCAUAGUGGGCAGAUGGAUACUACUAAUGGUCUCUGUCUUGAAGAGGGCUAUCUAUUUAGAUCGAAUAAGUUGUGCAUCCCUAGGACUUCAGUGCGAGAUUUUAUAGUUUUGGAAAGUCAUGCCGAUAGAUUAGUCGGACAUUUUGGGCGUAAUAAGACAAUAGAGGAAAUUGUCAUUUCUAUUAGCCUAAUUUAA